AUGGAAAUUAUAACACAUAUAACUGAGUAAAGUAUAAUAAAAGAGACUGAAAAACAUAAAAUGUUAUUGAACAAUUUACUGUCUUAAAAUGAUUAUAUUAAUAGUUACUAAUUAGAAUUAUAGACUGAAGUACAAUAGAAUAAUUAAAUUAAAUAAGAAAAUGAUGUACUGAGAAAAAAUAAAAGGAAAAUAUUGAUUAGGGCAUCGAAAUUGAAAUCAGUAAUAUUUUCCUUUGUUAUAUUUGUAAUAUUUUUAAUCUACUCUUGUUUAGUUACAUUUUCAACAUAAAGUUUCUUGAACAAAUAUUAAUCAACUGCUGAUUUUUAUAAGUUGAUAGCAGAUUUAUCUUUCAGAAGUGGUAAUAUGUUUUUAUAUCGAGAAAUGUUUAUGUUAUGGGGAAAUCUUACUUACUUAAAUAAGACCGAUGGAUUAAGAUUGUAUAAUCUAAUUGACAUUGCAUAAACUAAGAUUAUGGAAUAUGUUGAUUAGGCUCCAAGGAUAAAUUUGGAAACACUUUUAGUUCCUGAAGAUUUCUAUUAAUUCUUUCUUACAGUCUAAAACACUGAUGUAUGCAAUUUUUUGGAUGAGAAUUACAAGCAAGUGCUUACUCCGUAUUGUCUCAAAUCAUUUGAUGGAUCUUUGAUGAAAGGAAUGCUUCCUGCAUUAACUUACAUUCACCAGACCAUAAUUACUCAAUAGGCUAUCAAUAAUUUCACAUAUAGGGCAGAGGACAUUUUGUAUGAAGUGGAAGGAGGGUAGGUCGCAAGUAGAGUAUUUUCAUUUAUGAACGAAAACUUAUAGAAUGGAAUCAUUAAAAAAACAGAGAGUUUCAAUUAUUAAAAUUAGGUAAUGUAUUUAGAUAAUUAUAAGUUAUUGUCAAUCUUCUUUUUAAUUGCCUUAGGUUCUAUUUGUUUCUUUGUUGUGAAUUUCCAUUAUACUAAUCUCAAAUAACAUCUCCAACUAAUAAAAUUUGGAGUCUUGAUGAUACCACAGAGUGACAUCUUGAAGAACGACUUCUUUGAAAGAUAUCUGAAGCAAAUUGAACUGAAAUUGGGUUAUAAAUUGUGA